CGAGCGGUGACUUAAGCAACGGAGCGCGGAGAAGCCCAUUUUUCUCUUUCCUCGCCGCCGCGCCGUGGAGCCCGUGGCGCGAGGCCCCCCACACUCCGACCCGAGAUGAAUGCUGCGGCAGAAGCCGAGUUCAACAUCCUUCUGGCCACCGACUCCUACAAGGUUACUCACUAUAAACAGUACCCACCCAACACAAGCAAAGUUUAUUCCUACUUUGAAUGCCGUGAAAAGAAGACAGAAAACUCCAAAGUAAGGAAGGUGAAAUACGAGGAAACAGUAUUUUAUGGGUUGCAGUACAUUCUUAAUAAGUACUUAAAAGGUAAAGUAGUGACCAAAGAGAAAAUCCAGGAAGCCAAAGAGGUCUACAGAGAGCAUUUCCAAGAUGAUGUCUUCAAUGAAAAAGGAUGGAACUACAUCCUUGAGAAAUAUGAUGGGCAUCUUCCAAUAGAAGUAAAAGCUGUUCCCGAGGGCUCUGUCAUUCCCAGAGGAAAUGUUCUCUUCACAGUAGAAAACACAGAUCCAGAGUGUUAUUGGCUUACAAAUUGGAUUGAGACAAUUCUUGUUCAGUCUUGGUAUCCAAUCACAGUGGCCACAAAUUCAAGGGAACAGAAGAAAAUAUUGGCCAAAUAUUUGUUAGAAACUUCUGGUAACUUAGAUGGUCUGGAAUACAAGCUGCAUGAUUUUGGCUACAGAGGAGUCUCUUCCCAAGAGACUGCUGGCAUAGGAGCCUCUGCACAUUUGGUUAACUUCAAAGGAACAGAUACAGUAGCAGGAAUUGCUUUAAUUAAAAAAUACUAUGGAACAAAAGACCCUGUUCCAGGCUAUUCUGUUCCAGCAGCAGAACACAGUACCAUAACAGCUUGGGGGAAAGACCAUGAAAAAGAUGCUUUUGAACAUAUAGUAACACAGUUUUCAUCGGUGCCUGUAUCUGUGGUCAGUGAUAGCUAUGACAUUUAUAAUGCAUGUGAGAAAAUAUGGGGUGAAGAUUUAAGACAUUUAAUAGUAUCAAGAAGUACAGAGGCACCACUAAUAAUCAGACCUGAUUCUGGAAAUCCUCUUGACACUGUGCUAAAGGUUUUGGAUAUUUUAGGGAAGAAGUUCCCUGUUACAGAGAACUCAAAAGGCUACAAGCUGCUGCCACCUUACCUUAGAGUUAUUCAAGGAGAUGGAGUAGAUAUCAAUACCUUACAAGAGAUAGUAGAAGGCAUGAAGCAAAAAAAAUGGAGUAUUGAGAAUGUUUCCUUUGGUUCUGGUGGAGCUUUGCUACAGAAGUUAACAAGAGAUCUCUUAAAUUGUUCUUUCAAGUGCAGUUAUGUGGUAACCAAUGGCCUUGGGAUUAAUGUCUUCAAGGAUCCAGUUGCUGAUCCCAAUAAAAGGUCCAAAAAAGGCCGAUUAUCUUUACAUAGGACACCAGCAGGGAAUUUUGUUACGCUUGAGGAAGGAAAAGGAGAUCUUGAGGAAUAUGGUCAUGAUCUUCUUCAUACUGUCUUCAAGAAUGGAAAAGUGACAAAAAGCUAUUCAUUUGAUGAAGUAAGAAAAAAUGCAAACCUGAAUUUUGAACUGGAAGCAGCACCUCAUUAGGCUUUCUUUUAUGGCUGUGCGUGUGUGGGUGUGUACAUGUGUAUACAUAAUGUUUAUUGUACAGAUGUGUGGGGUUUCUUUGUGUUUUAUGAUACAUUACAGCCAAAUUAUUUGUUGGUUUAUGGACAUACUGCCCUUUUCAUUUUUCUCCUUUUUUUUCCAGUGUUUAGGUGAUCUCAAAUUAGGAAACACGCUUAACCAUGUAAAAGAUUAAUGCUAACGUAAGCUUUUUAGGGCCCUUUGCCAAUAGAUAGUAAUUCAAUCUGAUAUUGAUCUUUUCACAAAUAACUGAGAAACUUUUAUAUAUAAUUGAAGAUCACAUAAAACAGAUUUGCAUAAAAUUAUCAUGAUUGCUUUAUGUUUAUAUUUAACUUGUAUUUUUGUACAAACAAGAUUGUGUAAGAUAUAUUUAAAGUUUCAGUGAUUUAACACUUUCCAACUUUUCAUGAUUUUUACGAGCACAGACUUUCAAGAAAAUACUUGAAAAUAAAUUACAUUGCCUUUUGUCCAUUAAUCAGCAAAUAAAACAUGGCCUUAACAAA